AUGCAUUGCCCAGAGCAAUACAUCAAAAAUAAUGCUAUGCAACGGAAGAAUGACGAGGAUAUCGCAAGUACAUAUAUACAAAAAAUGGUUUGGACAUCUAAUGAAAUAGUUAUAGACAUAGGAUGUGGACCAGGCGAUGUAACCACAGAUAUUCUUUAUCCUUUAUUCAAGGAUAAAAUUGAUCAGUUGGUUGGUGUUGAUAAAUCAAUCAAAAUGAUUGAAUAUGCAAAAAAAACAUAUGGAUGCUCUAAGAAAGAUUUUAAAGUUCUGGAUAUUGAUAAUGCCAAUGAUUGCUCUCUUUAUUCGCACAAAUUUAACAAAAUAUUUUCAUUUUACUGUUUUCACUGGGUUCAUAAUAAAGCCGAUUCCUUGCGUAGUCUACAUUCAAUGUUAAAAAAUGGUGGAGAAAUUUUGUUAGACUUCUUGUUAAUCAAUCCAUCGAUUCCAAUGUAUAAAUCUUUGGAUGCAGAAUGGCAAAAAUAUGUUGAAAAUGUAAACAUGCCGAAUGAUUUGUAUUCUCAAGAUGAAAUAAGAGAAAUGUUUAUCAAUGCUGGAUUUCGAAUAAUUAAUUUAGAAUCAAAAGUCAAGAAAUAUACUUUUUCAGAUUUAUCAUCAUUUUUAGAUACCUUUAAAGUAGUAGAUGGAGUGUAUGAUUAUUUGCCACAACACUUACAUGCCAGAUACACCGUACAUGUUCAAGAAAAAAUAUGUAAGACACAAAAGAUUGAAAUAUGUCCAAAUACAGGAAAAACAACUUUUUCAUAUACUUCUAUGACUGUGCAUGCUAUAAAAGAUUAAAUAUUAGAACAGUAGGUAAUAUUAAAUAAAAUAAUACUUUAUGGUUUAUUUUUUAACCUGGGUUUUAUUUAAAUAUUAGAAUAAUAAAUUUAAAUUAUUUUUACAUUAAGACUGUUAAGAGUACUUCUUAGAGAAACGUUUUUAUAGAAUUGAGUAGUAGUGGGUGGUCUAUACUCCUUGCAUCAUACAUAAAAGCUGUGUUCAAUCAUUGGUUGGAAAAUUGUUUGUUGCCAAGAAAUAUUUUUAAUGUAGGUAUAUUGAUUAUGUUAUUAUAUAACUAUAAAUA